CAAGUCAACUUCCGUUUUACUUUUCCUUUGACUGUUUGGUAGUUAGGAUUCAGCUUUGGCAAAUGUAAGACUUGAUGCCAUGUCUUUCGUAUGAUCCUUAUGUUUUUAAGACAGCAAAUAUUUGUACAUAACAUAAUCUAUUCUGCAGCAGAGCGGUGUUUUACAGCACAUGCGAUUCUGUUACAAACACUGAAACAGACAACACACGUCAACAGGACCAAUAGGACAGAGCAUGUGAUCGAAGCAAACAUGAUGUUGGAUGAGGAAGAAUCCAUGUCUGUUCAUGAAAAUGAUUUGCCAUUGAUGUCCAAUGUGAGUGAUAUCCUUGUUCACCAUUACAUUCUUAAUCUCAAAUGUCACUUGGAAGAUAGGAAAAUUAGUGGAUCUGUUGUGAUUUGCUGUAAACCAACUGAAAGUGAUAAAAGUCCAAGUUGUGAUCACCCCAAUGCAGACAGAAAAGAGAGACUUACUUGUCAAACCAAAACAAGCAACGUAACCAACAGUCAGGGUCAGCUAGAAACUGCUUCUAGGUCACUGACAGACUCAAAAGUCCCGGCUCAAUCUUACAUACAUUCCUGUGAUGAGAAACAAGAUAGUUUGAGUACAAACACAGUUACCUCUCCUUUACCAGCACCCUUUGUUUCGGACACUGAUGAUUGUUUUUUGAAUAAAAAUCUGGUGGUGACGUCCAAAGAGUGUGCUGAUGAAGAUCUAUCUGACUUCCAAAUUUUUCAGAAUUCUGUUGGGUCACAGAAUUCAGUAAAAGAAAAAGUGGUAUUCGACAGAAAGAGAAAGUCUGAUCCUUCAGAUAGAUUCGAGGAUGGCAUGUUGACAAAAAAAGUUCAUGCGAAGGGCGAGACACUACAUCCAGAUCACAUAAUUGUAGACAGAUAUCUGUCAUACAGAUCAAAAUCAACAGACUUCAAUGAAAAACCAUGUAAUGAAGCAUUGUUGUUGAAACAAAAUGGAUCACCUUCAAGAAAUAUUUAUCCUGAAGUGUCUUCUGGUGAAAUUGUUGGUACAGAGUUUCAGAUGAUCUUGGACUGUUGUGAUAUCAAUAUCUUGAAUGUUCAGGAUUUAACUGAGUGUGAGGAAGACCUUGAACAGAUUACUGAUGACCCAAUCAACAAAAUUCAAAGACUUGGAAACGAUGGUAAUGUAAAUACAAAUCUUUUGAAGUUCACUGUUGAAAAGCAUUGCAUUAGAAUUCAUAAGCCAGGCUGUUCAAAUAUUAAAGACUUCCCACGAAUGUUGAAGAUCUCAUUUCUGACUAAACCUGAAGGUCAGUCACUGAAGUGGACAGGAGAUCAAGAGGGCAAGCCAUGUGUGUAUACUCAUGGAAACUGGAUAAACAAUAGGUCACUCUUCCCUAGCCAGGAUGUCCCAGUAUCCAUGGCAACCUGGCAAGCUGUUGUAUCAGUGGAAGAGUCUGUUACCGUGGUGAUGAGUGGAGACAGGGAACCAGUACCCAGUACCACUAAAGAUGGUAAGUCCAGUGGCUGGACCCACUUUUACUUUCACACACAAAUGGCUAUGCCAUCCUCCACCAUAUCUUUGGCCAUCGGACAUUGGCAGGUCACCUCCCUUAUAAACUGUGACAGCAAUCAUUCUGAACUUGUGGUGAAGAAAACGAUACCUUGUCGACUGUUCUGUGCGGAGAGCCUCAUGCCUGCAGCUAGAACAGAGAUUGGUCAGUACAUCGGGAGUUGCCUUAGGGCAGCGUAUGACACACUAGGGCCACACCCGUUUCAGAGACUGGACAUUGUGAUAGUACCCUCAUCAUUUGACAGUCUCGGCAUGGCAAGUCCCAGUAUGUUGUACCUGUCACAGUCUGUGCUGGUGGGAGACUUCAGCAUGUGUGUCCGCAUUGCCCAUGAGGUCAGUCACUCUUGGUUUGGCCUAGCAAUUGGUCCAAGCGACUGGACAGAAGAAUGGCUAACUGAGGGUUUCUGUACUUACACAGAGGAUAUCAUACACAACCUAGCUAUGCAGACUGUAGGGGGAUGGACCGAGGAGUAUGGGGACCACCAUCGAGAGAUAAGAGACCUCCUCAGAUACAGGACACUAGUCGCUGAACUAGAGCACACAGACGAGGAGCUGCAGACACUCAGGCCAAACAAAGAAGGCAAUCAAGAGGAGUCCAGUAUUGUUUAUGUGAAAAAUGGAAUGAAUCCUGAUAAAAGUUUUAUGCAGGUCCACUACGUAAAGGGCUAUUUUCUUCUGAGAUACCUCGAAAGGAAAGCUGGAAGAAAUCCGUUUCUUUGUGUGAUGAAAAAGUAUGUGCAACAGUUCAAUGGGAGGCUUGUCUCAUCUCAGGAUGUGUUGUCGUUUUUUCUGAAAAGCUGUACAGAAUUACAAGAACAAGAUAUCACUGAAGCUGUAAUCUGCAGUGAGUGGUUGGACUGGCCUGGCAUACCCAAGCAUCUACAGAACUUCCAACUACAUAAGGAGAAUAGUCUUGCAAGCCGAGUGCAUGAUGAGGUUGAAACUCUAGCCGACCUAUCAAGGCAUUGGAAGGGUUCAAGAAAACAAUGGCAACAGAAGAGAAAAUGCUUACUGAAAAUGGAUGCGAUUCAGAUCACCCUGCUCAUGGAGGAACUACUACAUGCACGUAAACUGUCUAAGGACAUUAUCCAUGAUCUCGGAACACUCCACAGCAUAACCAGGCAAAAUGCAGAGAUUCAGCAUCGAUGGUGUGAACUCGUUAUUCAACACAAGUUGAGAAAAUAUUACGGAGAUAUAAGACAUUUCCUUGUCCGUCAUCAGGCGAUGGGAGUUUAUCUAUACGGAGAACUUAUGAUAUCAAGAGACAAAGAACAGAAAUUGCUGGCAAUGGAGGUAUUCGAACAACUAAACACCGACAUGGAACCUGACCCGCUUAAAUCUGUACGAGCUAUGCUAUAUGGUUAAUAAAAACGAUUACUGACGUAGAUCUGUGUUUCAUCUUGAGUG